UGGGAGCCGAGCUAGGGCCCAGGCAGCUGCGGAGCCGAGGGCGGCCAGCGGCGGCACCGCCACAGCCCCGCUGGCCAUGAGCUCGGGAUCCGAGCCCGGGACACCCCGGACACCCUUCAGCAUCGCAGACAUCCUAGGCCCGCGCCUGGUUCCCCGAGGACCCUCUGUGUCGCAGCUUCGAGAGUCGAGCCCAGGUCCCAGGUCGCCGCUGUGCGCGCUGGAGGAGCUGACUAGUAAAACUUUCCGCGGACUUGACGGGCACGCGCCGCAGCCCUCUGAAGGCCGCGCGGCCCCGGGAGCGCUGGGCCCAGGCCCGGCCGGCCGCAGACGGCGAAAGUCACGCACGGCGUUCACCGCGCAGCAGGUGCUGGAGCUGGAGCGGCGCUUCGUCUUCCAGAAGUACCUGGCGCCUUCCGAGCGCGACGGGUUGGCGGCGAGGCUCGGCUUGGCCAACGCGCAGGUCGUCACGUGGUUCCAGAACCGGCGCGCCAAGCUCAAGCGCGACGUGGAGGAGAUGCGCGCCGACGUGGCCUCGCUGCGCGCGCUGUCCCCCGAAAUCCAGUGCCGCCUCGCGCUGCCGGAAGGCGCUCCAGGCCUCGGCCCUGGCCUCGCCCGGCCGGACGCUGGGCCACAUCUGUCAGACGAGGAGAUACAGGUGGACAAUUGAAGGCAAAGCCGCCGCCAGCGCUCUGGGGCGCGGGACUCCUCGUCUCCGCGUCCUGUCCGGGUCCUGGGUGGAGGGAGGGUAUCUAACUGGUCCCCUUCUGGCUCACAGUCGAGACACCCACCUUUUCCAGUUAUUGAGAAUAAAGUCAAGACUCUGCCUCA